AUGGAUGACCAACAAGAGCAGGAUUGUGCCUCAGAAGACCAAGAAACUAUCCUGAUUAAUGGGGUGAAAGAAAAUGAGUCGCACGCCCUGGACGGCGAUGAGAGGCCCUGCAGCGCCGCCGAGGCAGCGGCGCCGUUCCCGGCGCUGAGCGCGGCUCCCAAGGACGGCCCCGCGUGCCACCGCAUCCCCACGGCCAAGAAGCCCUGCCUGCUGAGCCCCCCGUCACCGCUGCGCCUCACGGAUGUCCCCGAGCACGCCUCGGACGACUCCUCCGCCCACGCCAUCUCCCUCACGUCCUGCGUGACCAAGGGCAUGAGCUCCUGGUCGCUGCCGGGCGACUGCGAGAAGGCUCCGUUCACCAUGAUGGAGCCCGGGGGGAUGUCGGCGCUGACGGGAGACUGCCUGAUGCAGCCGAGCCGGACCUGUCUGGGCUGCUUUAUUGAAUCCAAGGACGGCAUUGAUGCGGAGCCGGGAAUAAGCUUGAAAGUGGGGGAUAUAAAUAGGGAUUAUGACACCUGUUCGGUCUCUGAUAUAGGGAUUCACUGCAUGAGCACAGGAGAAACCAUGAGAUAUGGGGAUCAACUGCUUUCAGACCAGCUUUUAAGCUUCCCUAUGCAUAAAUCGAGGGCAGCGGACAAAAGAGAUGCAGAAAAAUCUGACAGUGAUUCAGAGGACCCCACUCAGAAAAAUUAUUACGAGGGAUUACUAUUAGACAAAUGCAAUGGUGAGGAACCUUUACUAACAAAUCCCAACCAGGAAUGGGGCUAUUUUGAAUCUUUCAUUAGUGAAAGUAAAAUAGAGCUGCUUGACCUCUGCUCCAAAAAUGAGCUUUCUGUAAAUCUGUUUUCUGAGGAAGACGUGGACAAUUACAUGUUCGAUGAUGACGAUUCCACCUUGGGAAGUGAUGUCUGCUCCCUAAAGAUUAGAUACGAAUCUUUCCAGGACAAUGUGCGGGAGAAGACCACCACCCUACAAGAGGACGCCCAGUUCAACUUCUUCCCCAGCGUGUUCAGCAACUGCACCAAAAGGGACAGCAGGAGCACCCUGAAAAGGGGGCCCAGCGGUGCCACUGACCCUUCUCAAUUCAAAUCCGAGGAAGGCAUCAUCUGGGGGGAGGAGGAGGAGGAGGACGGCGAGGAAGAGGACGGUGAGGAGGAGGAGAAAGCUGCCUUAAAUAAAUCUUGCAACAGCACGGAGAUGGUGCAGUAUGUGAGCUCCAAGAGGAGCCACUUCUUGGACUCGGUGAAUUCCACGGAGGACUCUGGGGAGUUCAGCGACGACAGCACUUGCACAGAGUCCUCCUACGACGUGCUGCGGGAUAUCAAGGACUGCAGCCGGUACCUGGCCCGGGACCACUCUGGCUCCUUCAUCCAGCAGAACUACGGGUUGCGGGCGAAGAGGAAAGUGCGAUACAGCGAUGACUACCUGUACGAUGUGGACUCCAUCGAGAAUGAGAAGAUCCUGGACAAGAAGGAGUGGCUCCCGGACGGGCCCAAGGAGGAGGAUGACGACGAGUGGUGCCCCAAGAAACGGCGAAAAGUCUCUCGCAAGGAGCCCCCCGUGAUCAUCAAGUACAUCAUCAUUAACAGGUUUAAAGGGGAGAAGCAUAUGCUGGUGAAGCUCAGCAAAGUGGAUGCCAACGAGACAACUGUUACUCUGAACGAGGAGCUGCUCAGCAAAUACAAGAAGCUGGCCCCACUGAAGGGCUUCUGGCAGGAGAGGCAGCAGAGCCGGCUGGAUUUGCUCAGAUCGUCUCUCUACCACAAGCAGAAUUUCUAUCUUAACGGCUCAGAUGCUUCGUUCCUCCCUCACCCACGGAAGCGAAAAUGCAAGCUAGCAAACAGGCACCGGAUUCAAAGAAUUAAAGCCAUCGAGCAAUCAGUGAACAAGCUGGGCUCUUGCUCCUCUGAUCACAAGCAGCCUUGCAGCAGUAAGGAGGACGUGGGCCUGAAAGGGCUGUCGGCGUUAGCCAUCGCCACCCCCGGCUGUGCCAACGGAUUACACGUCCACGACAUCGCGGGCAUCGCCGUGAAAUGCAAACCGCAGGAGCGGGAGCACAAGGGGACGGAGCGGAAAGUGCUCCGCAGAAUCAAAUUCAAAAGUGAAGCCAGGUUGAAGUGCAAGAAGAUCAAAGCUGCCACCAGUACGGCAGAGGAUUCCCCAGCACUGGAAAACCAGGACUCUGCAGCGCGUCUGAAGGACGAAAACAGUCCCUGUGCUUCAGACCGCUCCCAUCUCCCAGAGUGCCACGAGGAUAAGGUUGCUAAAAAUUCUCCUUUCCUACCAUCCACCUCCUCUUCAGACAAGCCUCUGCCAUCUGCUAAUAUCACCACCAAUGUACCCCUGAUCCCCGGAGGGUAUCUGCAGACGUUGUUAGAUGCUUCGGAUCUGUCGAGCAACACCGGUAUCCCGUACUUCUCCCAGCACCCUUCCGAGCAGCAGCAGCAGCAGCAGCAGCAGCACCACCCUCUCCCCAGCAUCGUCCCACCAGAAAAGCCCUUCCCGUCCCUGCAGCCGGCACAGAGCUGCGUGCUCUCCCCGCCCUCCGAGUCGGAGCUGCAGCAGUCGCCCGGGCACUUGGAGAUGGAGCAGGGCGGCUUUGGCAGCAUGUGGCCGGCCAGCAAGGGCAGCGAGAGCCAGGACUUCCCCGGGGACAUGCCGGAGGCGGCCGGAAUGCCGAGCGAGUUUGCCCCGGGCACGGACGGCCUCCCCGCCUCUGGAUACACUCAAGUCAAUCUGAAUAGCGGCAAAUUGCUAUACCAAAAAAAUUACAUGCCGGAUAGCCAACAAGUGCAGUCUGAUGAUUCUUAUCAGUCAUGUCAUUUCAAUAAUGGAGAGGGGCGCUUUCAUUUCCAACGAGGUACACUCAGUACGGAUGAUGGCAGGCUCAUUAGUUUUGAUUCAGUGGGUUCAUUGUCAGUUAGUUCUAGCAAUUACAGUUCUUUAAGUUUAAAGUCAUGUGAAAAGGAUGGCGAGGAUGAUAUUAAUGAUGAUUUCUUGGCCCACUGCAGUCCCAAGCUAGUGAUCCAGCAGAGCAUAGAUGAAAUCACCCCUUUGAAGGAGUCCACGGACCUUUUAGACAUUUCCAACUUCACGCCUGAUAGGUUCCGCCAGUCGUCGCUUUCAGAGAUGUCCCCUCCAGACACUCCCAACCUGUCCCCACAGAUAGCUGGCUCCGAUGCCAAGCCUCUGGGCACCCUGAAAGGGUUUCAGGAGAACCCCCAGGCCUCCCUCAACAGCUCUGAGAAGGUCAAGUGGAACUGUGGGGUCCUGCAGACUGAGGAUCAGGCAGAUAAUGGGUUUGCUUUAAAUAAUCACCAGUUCCAGUUCCAUAUGUUCAACGAUGAAGAUUCUGUCAGCCUUCUCGAAAAGAGUCCAUGCUUGUCAACAUUUAAUGAGCCAUCUGGUCAAAUUAGCACCAAUAGCAAAGUGUCAAAAUCGAAGAGGAAAAGUUCAUCCAGCAAGAAUGUGGGUACAAACCAAAGCUCUUCCCAGAAAGCCACCCGGAAAAAAUCACCCAAAACCAACAAAGGAACCGAUAAGCCGCAAGGGAAAAACUCCAGGCAGGCACCCAAAAACACGAGGAAAGGGAAAAAUGCAGCAGGAGUCAAUGGCGAGAAGGCUCCGGCCAUCGGUGGCAGGGCGGUCACUCAGCUGGGCACCGUGGCCACGGCCACCAAGGGCGCGGCCGAGGGCACUCAGCACUGCGGCCCGGCAGGGGUGAAGCUGGGCAAGCACAACGGGCUCUCUGGAGAGUGGGCACUGGGAAAAGAGGGGGGCACGGGCUGGUCAGAAGCCAGCCUGGGCAACGCCACCAGCCUCCUGGAUGAUGACCAGAGGGAAUUUGAGGAACCUUCCAACAUCCUGUCCAACAUCGCGUCGGGAAUGGCUGACGUCCAGAGGUUUAUGAUGGCCUCCAUCGAGCCCUUGUGGGGGCCCGUCGGCCACAACAGCGUUCCAGACAUAUUCCGGUCACCGGAGUCCAACAGCCUGAAACUGAAAACUCUUAAAAUUUUGGCAGGGACGUCCCAAGAGUCGAAGAAGAAGGCGAACGGUGGCUCGCCGGGGGCAGCGAAAAACCACAAGUCGAACAACAAGGGCUCGAGCAAAAACAGCAAAGCCGUGACCUGCGACCCCGGACACCCCAACUGCUCCACUGGGUUCACCACGGACAUUCACGCUCCCUUUUUUGAUAAAAACUAUAGUAACCUGAGCACUUUAGGCAAUAAUGGACCUACCCAUAAAAAACUCUACCGUCAUAAAUCCAGUUCGAAAUCACUGAGGGAUGAGAACUGUAAAAUCAAGCGGACGGACCGUGAGCAGCCCCACAAGGACCCACCCGUGACAGCUGCUUUUGAGAAACUGAGGGAAUCAGACUCCAUUCUUCUUAAAGCAGAAACAGCAUUUUUGGGUUUUCCUGUAUUUGAAGAAGAGACUCCCUUUUCUAGAAAGACGGUUGAUGUUUGGUUCUUUUCUUACCAUUUUGGGUUGUUUUUUUUUUCCGGUACUUUUUUCUUUUUUUUCCCCCCAUCGGUUCCUUUUCGAAAUCUGCCUUGUGGUCUGUUGAAAUGUAAGUGCUGAAAUGAAGAGUUUGAAAUUGUGGGAAUUUUAUUAUUUGAAAGCAAACCUAAAUCUGGUAUUCUCUGUGAAAGACUGUUUUAAAAGUCAUACUGUUGUACAGUAGUUUAUGCACUAUUACCCACAACAACAAAAAAUUGUGCCAAACUAUGAACAAGUGACUGUAUUGUAUAUAUUUUUACUUCUCUAUCAACAUUGGGUUGUGAGUGUUUUCUGCAGCUAUGCCUUUUUUGAUUUUACUAGAAACAUUCCAGUUGUUAAGUACUAACCACCCCCCUUCGAAAGCACCUGUAACUCACGAUGAAAAACGAUAUUGUUCACUGAUACAACUUACCAAAAUUUUUAUGGACAUGACUGAAAGUGUGCCAAAUUUACUUACCUCAUUUCAUGGAUUCACCCUGUGGUUUAAAGCUCAUAAAGGGAAAAAAAAAAAAAAGGAAGAAAAAAAAAAAGAAAAAGGAAAAAUAAACGGGGGGAAAAAAAAAAAAGAAAAAAAAAAGGAACUUUGAAACCGAUGCUGGGAAAUGGUGGUAAC